CUGAGGGCAGGUGAUGCGAAUAAAUAGAGCUGGAGCCUCCCUCCAGGAUCAUCCCUGGAAUGGGUCCCAGGAUGUUCCAGUUGCUUCUGCUGGGCACAUUCACAGUGCUCUUCAUGGAUGAAGGAAACCGAGUCCUGACAUCAAGAUUGGUUCGAUUUUGCUAUCAAUGUGCCCGCUUUGAUGGAUACAGAUGCCUCACUGGCUUGAAAAAGUGCUGGAAAGUCAAUCUAACAAUUUACAGAAGGAGUUGUACCAUAGAUCACUACUACUACGAUGAUCGAAUUACUGGGAGAGCUCUGUAUCGUUAUUCGGAACUGUCGUGUAAACCUUGUGAAGAGGGAAUGGUUCAAGUAUACCAUGACUUACUGAAAGAAACAAUUUGCUGCAAUCAUAAGGACAUGUGUAAUAACGGCAACAUAAAUUUAGAUACUACAGUGGUAUUUGGAAGAGGGAUAGAUAACAUGACUGAUGUGAUAAAAGAUAGAAGAUAAACACAUGCUUAAGAUUUUAAACCAUAUAGGAAUGCACAUCUUAAAUAAUACUUUCCCCUUCCCCUAAAAUAGACCAAGAGUAUAGGGGCACCGGAGUGGCUCAGUCUGAAGAGCAUGGGAUUCUUGAUCUCAGGAUUGUGAGUUCAAACCCCAUGUUGGGUGUAGAGAUUACUUAAAUAAAUAAACUUAAGGGGAAAAAAAGAAAAGAAAAAGAUAGUAUAAAAGGAAAUAGAACAUAAAGUAGAAAAUUAUACACACAAAUUUACAAACACCAUAAAACAAUAUAACAGCAUUGACUUAACAUAUCAGCCAAAUUAAAAAGAUUUUAGUUUAGUAAACAGAGCAAAAUCUAACUCUUAUGAUGAUUUAGAAAUAUGACCGAGUCAAAACAAUUCGGAAUGUGUAAAUAUAAAUGAAUAGGAAAAUACAUAUUAAAAACCCAUAUUGAGUAUGAGCCUAUUUAUGGGCUCAAAAUCAUCAAAAGAGAUAAUAUACUUUAUAUUAUUAAAGUCAGUAAUGUACCAUAAAGAUAUAAAUUAUUAAAACAGGCAGCCAAUACCAGAGCAAUGACUUUUCUUAACAACUCUCCUAUAGAAAUUGUAGGAGGUACGAUGAAAAAAAGAAAUGCAUGCUAAUCAUCAGUCAUGUGCGUAAAUAAUUAGCAAGGGGAUUGAAGACAUAUACAACAUGAUUAUUAAGGUAAAUCUUAUAAAACUAUAUCUAAUCCUGAACCCAGAUAAUAGAGAACUUGGCUUUUCAAAUGCACACGGAACAUUCACAAAGAUUGGUCACGUAUAUUUGCCCUGUGGAGGAUAGAGUUGAUUUACAUCUGACCUGUAGAAGGUUCAUAUUUUCCUCAGUACAUGUUUGGAAUUUUGGCCAGGAUAAAAACCUUUAUGAUGUGCUCUUUAAAGUCUGAAACUCCCCUGGUGACUCCCAGCAUCAUUUUAUUUACUGAUCUAAAUAAACUGUUUUCCAGCCUGGCUUGAUCACAUGGUUACAGAUAUAAUGCCAUCCUCCCCACCAACCACAUGCACCCUCAUUAAGAACUUCUGUUUAAAAUAGCCCUGAUGCUGAGAUUCCUGACACAGAUUGUGGUUGUGUAAUCCCGUGACAGAGAGCAGUCUGUAUGUAAAUGAGGACUCCUGGGAGCUUGUGCAUGGAAUGUCUCUUGGAUUUCCUAAUUUU